CGUUACAUAGUGCUAAUAGACAAGUACGCUGGCAUUGGAGUCUCAUUACAGAUUCAAUGCACCUGUAAAACUUUCAUAAAUCUAUGCCAUUAAAAACAAAGCAUUUUCCCACUUGAUUAAUUUUUUAAAAUGCUAAAAAGCUGCGGGAAAAAAUUUGCAGCGUCCAUAGUGGGGGCAACAUUCACCUGUUUUUUUGUGCUGCUGGUGUCCGCGAAGUACCGAGGGCUGCACGUGGAGGAGAUGCCGAACGGGGGAGACGCGGGGAUGCGCUCGCUGCAGAGCCUGAGCACUUUAGCGGAGGGUCAUGACACUGCAGCAGACCAAGGUGCCUCCUGGACCCAGCCUCAAGACAGCUUAAAGUCGGGACAGGCGAAAGGAUUCUCCGCCUAUUUCACUAAGUUGACCAGGGGCAGGAGAGAAGUGAACAGUCCCAACUCACAAGCCAGAUCGACCGAGGCACCUCCCGCGGAAGACAUCAAUGCCAAUGAUAUCUUCAUCGCAGUGAAGACCACGAAAAAGUUUCAUCAGUCCAGAUUAGAUCUGCUUCUUGAUACUUGGAUCUCAAGGAACAUGCAGCAGACCUACAUCUUUACAGACGGAGAGGAUGAGGAGUUAAAGAAGAAAAUUGGGAGUCACGCUAUCAACACCAACUGCUCUGCUGCUCACAGUCGCCAGGCACUUUCCUGCAAGAUGGCAGUCGAGUAUGACAAGUUCAUCGAGUCUGGAAAAAAGUGGUUUUGCCACGUUGAUGAUGAUAACUACGUCCACAUGCGGGGCCUCCUGAAGCUGUUGUCCCAGUUCCUCCACACGCAGGAUGUCUACAUCGGCAAGCCCAGCUUGGACCGUCCCAUCGAGGCCACAGAGAGGCUCGGGGACAAUAAGAUGAGACCUGUCAAUUUCUGGUUUGCAACUGGCGGUGCAGGCUUCUGUGUGAGCCGAGGUCUAGCCUUGAAGAUGACUCCUUGGGCAAGCGGAGGUCACUUCAUGAACACGGCCGAGAAGAUCCGCCUGCCAGAUGAUUGCACCAUCGGGUACAUCAUCGAGUCCGUCCUUGGGGUCAAACUGAUCCGCAGCAACUUGUUCCACUCCCACCUGGAGAACCUGCAGCAGGUUCCUAUGAGCGAGCUACAGAAGCAGGUUACACUGAGUUACGGAAUGUUUGAAAACAAGAGGAAUAUCAUCAACAUGAAGGGGGCUUUUUCAGUGGAGGAGGACCCUUCCAGGUUCAAAUCUGUGCACUGCUUGCUGUACCCAGACACCCCCUGGUGCCCCUCCCUGGUUGCCUAUUAACAGCGACCGCACUCUCCUCUUGGUACCCUCGUCCCAUGUCGCCUUGGUAUCUGAAAGGUUUCGUGGGACCCGUGUCAUAUUUGGCCAGAGAGCUGCCGCAUUUUUGCUGUGGCGGCAGGUGGGCCUCCUUAGUUUUUACCGGGCUGCUGUGCGGCCCUGUGGUUUGGUGGGGGGGGGUUUGACUCCUCGGCUUGAGGAGCCCCGGCUCCCUCACCCAGUGGGAGGAUGAAGAGGCUCCCAGGCGUGUGGCAGAUCCACCGCCGUGUUAUGCUGAAAAUGUCAUCCUCUAUCCACUAUUCUCAUAGAAUGUAUCUUCAAGUUCGCAGUGCCUUCCUGCUAGAUGCUAUUCGCAUUUAUAAACUUUCACCAGUUUUUUUGUAUAAUUUCUAUUCCUAGGGUUUGCUUCACAUCACAGACACUAGAGAGAGAGAGAGUUUAAUUGGAUUCAUUUUUGCGUAUUUCAAAAGACUCCGGAGAAAGUUAGCAAUAUGAAGUCUUUUUUGCAACAUUUCAGUAUUACUUCAAUUGUAGGUGGCUAUGGGCGAAUGGGCAAAGCUGGAUACCUGCUCAGAUGUUUUAUUCUGAGUUAUGUAGAGGUAAAGCACUUUUUUCAUCAGUAAAAUUACAGGAUUGGGGCUAAUACCCAUUCAUACCCAUUUGAAGAGAAGGAAUAUGUCCCAAAAAUGAACACUUUCCCUAGAAUAUCUUUCAUUUUUAUUACAUUUAAUAAAAUGUUUUGAAGUUUUAAAGAACCCAAAAGUUUAAAAUAAUAUAUUAGUCAAAUGUAAAUCAUCUUGUGUCACAUAAACAGUUUAAAAUGUCCAUACACAUCCUUCAUUAGCUAAGCUGCUUGUUCCUAUAAAAGCCUCUUUAAACUGAUCAAGAUGGUUUCCCAUGUAAAGUCGGUAUAAAUUAUUUUGCAGACGUGAAGGGCAGUCAGCGGCUCCCCCAAAGUGAGCCACUUUAGGAGGAGCUCUGUGUUAAACCACAAACGUGACUUCAGACAGUAUUUGCGUACUCCUUCCCCACGUCGUCCGCAGUCGGGGAGGUGUAAUGCGCCGUCUUUGGCCACUGUACUGGUGCAGAGCUUUGCAAGAACAGGCCGCCUGCAUGAGCACAUUUCUGUGAGAAUGAAUGACCCACAGUGGGUACGUUUGUAAAUUAUGUAAUUCACGCAGUAUUUCUUUACUGCAACUUUGGUUUCUUGUCUAAAUGACUGUAAAUGUUUGAUUUAUUUUUGUUUCCUGUGGAUCGGAAAUGCUUAUAAUGUAAUUGUUUGACUGCAUAAUUCUGGUUGUGUAUUUCUGUAAUUUAUAGUCCAGCAUCUGGAUUAUUUAAUACUUAUAGAAAUAAUCCCUCUAUCUAUAUAUUUUACAUACAUACAUAUGUAGAUAGAUGGAUAAACGGAAUGUUUCUCAGGGAUCACAAACCUGAUAUUGUUACCAAGACAAAUUCCACUGGUAACCAUUCUUUGCUUUUAAUAAAGCAGUAUAUCGCCCGACCUGA